UUAUUGCUAUGCGUUACCAAGGACCGCUGGAGACUCGUGGUAUGGAACCCGUAUUUGGGGCAAAUCAGAUGGAUUCAAGCCAGAAAACAAUUCAGCUCAUGUGACAUGUUUACUCUGGGAUACGACAACAGUAACCGCAAAAUCAUGAGGUUUCCUUAUGUUAAUGUCAAAACAGCAUGUCCAUACUUAGAAAUAUAUGAUUUUAACUCUAAUUCAUGGAGGGUUGUUGAAUUCAAUCCCCCAUGGUUUUUACAUACCUGGGGCGUGUCUUUGAAGGGAAAUACUUACUUUUUUGCUCAAGAUUUACUAAAGACAGAGAAUGAUGUGAAUGUUAAGUUUGAAAAUUAUUUACUCUGUUUUGAUUUUACAUCAGAGAAAUUUGGACCGCAUCUUCCUCUGCCGUUUCACUCUUAUGAUAAUGAGGAUGGGGCUGUGACUCUAUCUUGUGUCAGACAAGAGCAACUUGCUUUGUUAUAUCAGAACAGCGAGACAGUUGAGUCAUUAGAGAUUUGGAUUACGAAUCAGAUUGAUCCCAAUGCGGUGUCGUGGAGCAUAUUUUUGAAAGUGGAUAUCGAACCGCUUAUUGGUUUUCCAAAAAACUUUGAACCUGCGAGCUUCUUCAUUGACGAAGAGAAGAAAGUCGCUGUGGUUUCCGAAGACGAAUAUUUAUAUUUUACCAAUGAGACCUGUCGCUACCAAACACUUUACAUCAUUGGAGAAGAUGGAUACUUCAAAUCUUUCAAAAUUAGAUGCUCUGACUCACCUGAAUUCUCUUCUUAUGCUCCCAGUUUAGUGCACAUACAAACCAACCAACAAGGCAAAAGGGAAAGAAAAAGGAAGAACAAAAGAAGAAAGAGGCAGAUUACUUCUUAGUUCCAUUUGCAAUACUUUAUUUGUUAUGUACUUUUUGCAUCAUCUCCUGUUCUCAU